CAAGUACUCCGUGACCAAUGCUGUACAGCUCGAAUAUCGAAGAGGUGGAGCCACAAUGAGGGCGUUCGCAGCGCUAGCUUUGAGAAACAUUCAGUUGGAACUAAAUCUGUUUCAAGCUCAAGAGAAUGAAUUGGCGAAGCUGGUAACAGGCAGGUCUCGAUUCAGUCGUGCACGGUCGAGUGUUGAAAAAAGCGGGAGGGAAAGUGAGAGGUUCGCAUGUUGUUAUUCAACUUCGACGUGGGUGUCAAACGUAAUUUCGAUUUCGGCAGUACACGUCUGUAAAGGAAGAACUACUGUCUGUAAAAUGCAAUAUGGAGUCAUUCUUAGAAUUGUUUGAUCCGGAUAAUAAGAAUGACCAGAAUGAUACAUGGAAUAACCCAGAGAUUGAAGGAAAUCGAAUAUCAAAUUGUGAAAAUUCAUGUAUCAAUGAUGAUCACGAGGAAAGACUACCACCAGAACCUGAACAAGGUAAUAUUGAAUAUAAACUGAAGCUGAUAAAUCCAUCUAGUCAGCGAUUUGAGCACCUCGUAACGCAAAUGAAAUGGCGCCUUAGAGAAGGUCAUGGUGAAGCUAUUUAUCAAAUUGGUGUAGAAGAUAAUGGAAAAUUAACAGGUCUAACAAGAGAGGAUAUGAAAGCAUCAUUAAAAACACUAAAUGAUAUGGCUGCUAGAUUAGGUGCAACAACAAGUAUAUUACGUAAAAGAAUUGCCAAUUCUAAAAAUAAAGAUAUGUCAAUACACAGUAAUAAAGAGGAAAGACAGGUAGCAGAAGUUUUAGUAAAAAAGUUAAGAAAAGGGGAUGGAGAAGAUCAGGAUAGUAUCAUUGAUUUGAGACUUGCUGUCACUGGUGCACAGGAUGCUGGAAAAUCAACUCUCUUAGGUGUAUUAACCCAGGGUGAACUAGAUAAUGGUAGAGGGAGAGCAAGGUUAAAUAUGUUGCGUCACCUUCACGAAAUAAAAACAGGUCGUACAUCAUCAAUAUCGCAUGAAAUUAUAGGCUUCGACAAUGAGGGACAUGUUCUAAAUUAUAGGGAAAUGGCAACUGCAGAAGAAAUAUGCGAACAUGCGACAAAAGUUGUUACAUUUAUAGAUUUAGCCGGACAUCGCAAGUAUUUAAGGACUACGGUACUUGGUCUCACAGGAUAUUCACCUCAUCAUGUAAUGUUAGUCGUAGCACCACCUAUGAAUGAAGCAUCACAAGAACAUAUGGCAUUAUGUCUCACAUUGGGACUUCCAUUUUUUAUAGUUGUAAACAAAAUUGAUCUUGGGUUUUAUAGUAUACCCGGCACAAUAAACCAGUUAGAGAAUGCUAUUAACGCACAAGGAUAUUCUAAACAUUUAAUGAUGUAUAAUAACGGUCAAAUGUCAUGGAAUUAUGAAUCGGAUAUAAUACCAGUUUUUAAUGUGAGUUGCGUUACUGGGGAGGGUUUGGAAGAAUUAACUAAUUUCAUCAAGAAUUUGUCACCAUAUGACGUCAAUUCUACCGAUUCAGAUUCUGAAUCAUGUCUGUUUCAAAUUGAUGAAACCUUUAGAGUAGCAGGUUUGAACGAACCUGUUUUGGGAGGAUUGCUUGUAAAAGGAGUAAUCGCUCCUGGAACUCGUUUAUUAGUAGGUCCUUUACCAGACGGUGAAUUCACUCCCGUUAAGGUCGUUAGUUUACAUCGUAACAAAGCUCCAUGUUGUUUAGUAAGAGCAUCUCAGAGUGCUAGUUUAACAUUAGCACCGCCAACAAAUCGAAGUCCUCCUUUACCUCAUUUACGACCUGGAAUGGUUUUGAUAUCACUAUGGGACCAGCCACAUGCAACACUUUUCUUCCAAGCAACCGUGUUAAUAGUGUAUCAUGCAACUGCAAUAUUUUCUGGUUUUCAAACAACUAUACACGUAGGAAAUGUAAGACAAACGUGUAUCAUUGAGGGAAUAAUGGACGCAAAAGACAGAGGUUUACAAACAAACGAUACAGCGUCCGUUCUGUUUAGAUUUGUUAAUCAUCCAGAAUAUUUACAUGUCGGUAUGCGACUACUAUUGCGAGAGGGUCGUACUAAAGGAAUUGGUAAAAUAACACAAAUAUUUCCAUUAAUUGGUCAACAGAGCAGUAUGCAAUAAUUUACAUCAAAUUUUGCGCGUUAAAAGUAUUAAAAUGUUUAAAAAGUUUAUAAAAAAAUCUAGUUAUUUAAACGUUAGAUAUAUUUACGUCA